CCUCAAGCCUUCAGCGGCUCGGCCCUACUUAUACGCCACAGGUUCAGGCCUCUCGCACCAAAUUCUCUCUCUCUCUCUCUCUCUCUCUGAAGAAAGUGAGAAUUAAGAAUCAUGGUCAACACCAAGGUGGAAGAAGAUCGUCAUGUUUUGGUCCAUGGCAUUAGGCUUUCCUCAGUAGGGCCAGGAAGAUCGACCGGUUCGGACGUUGUUCAUGACCUAAGUGGCAUGGACAUAGCCAUGAAGCUCCACUACGUAAAAGGGGUUUACUUCUUUAGCAGCCAGGCUGCCCAAGGUUUAACCCUCGCGCGCAUUAAGGAAUCCCUUUUCCAUUUGUUCUGUGAAUACUACUACUCCUCCGGUCGCCUCCGUAGAACGGAGUCCGGCCGGCCUUACAUCAAGUGUAAUGACUGUGGGGCUCGAUUCAUCGAAGCUCAAUGUGACAAAACCAUCCACGAAUGGCUACAGAUGAAGGAUUCAUCGGUGCAGAAGCUGCUAGUUUCCCAACAAGUCAUUGGCCCUGACCUCUCUUUCUCUCCCACUACUCUCAUUCAGGUAACCCAUUUUAAAUGUGGAGGGAUAUCUCUCGGCCUUAGUUGGGCCCAUGUCCUUGGAGAUGCAUUGUGUGCUUCAAAUUUCAUAAACAAAUGCGGCCAAAUUAUUGCCAGUAUUGGGUCGAUCAACAUGCAGCCUAACUUUCAUAGCUCAUCAGGCACAUCGUUCAAACAUCAGAUGUCCAAAAUCCCGGCGCCACCACUUUCACACGAGCCACUUUCGGUGAAACAGGUCGAUCCUGUCGGAGAUCACUGGAUAACUGCCAAUAGCUGCAAAAUGGAUACAUUUUCAUUCCAUGUAACUGCUGCCCAGUUAGCUACUUUGCAGUCACAGAUUUCUGGUCAAAACCAAACUGAAAAAAUGCCAAUUUUUGAGUCUCUUUGUGCCAUUAUAUGGCACUCCAUAGCAAAAGUUAGAAGAGGGUCGAUUCAUGCGGAGAUAGUGACAAUCUGCAAAAAUGAUCCAAGUGCUAAAUUGGCCAUUAAUGGGAUUGUCACCAACGCCCAAAUUAUAAGCACGGUUAAGGCAGACUUCCCUAUAACGGAGACUGACCCAAAAAGAUUGGUGAAUUUGCUAGUCAAUGAAGCUGUGGACGAAAGAAGAAAGAUUGAAGAACUGGUAGAGAAGGAUAAUGGGUUAUCGGAUUUCAUUGUAUAUGGAGCACGUUUGACGUUUGUGGACUUGGAAGAGGUUGAUUUGUAUGGGUUUGAGUUGAAUGGACAUAAACCGGAAUUCGUGUAUUAUACUGUCCAAGGCGUUGGAGAUGAAGGGGCGGUUUUUGUGCUACCGGCAGGGCCUAAAGGUGCCGACGAAGGAAGGAUAGUGACAAUAACCUUACCGGAAAAUCAAGUGCCGGAGCUGAAAGCUGAGUUGGUAAAGAACGGUCUUGGAGGCCAUGACCUGGCCUAGGUGUGUUAAUUUGCGUUCCCAGUUACUUAUCAAGAAACAAUAAUCAUAUUGAUUUGGCAGGUUACUGUGAAAAGUUAAAACUCAUAUUCUUCUCACCAAAAAUAUAGAAAGAGUACUAGUAGUACUAUUGUGUUUC